AAUUCUACUCCCGUCUCCCACAUGGCACGUUAAAUACCCUCUUAUAAAAAAUAAUAAUAAUAAAGACGCGAGAAAUUUGGUUUUAACUUUUAAUAUGGCAAGGUACUCCAGUGAAUCAGACUCAGAUCACAGUAGACAUCGAAGAAAACGGAAUAGAAAAUCAAGGUCUAGCAGUUCUGACAGUAGUGAGUCUUCGCCUCAUCGAAGAAGAUCGUCGAGGCAUUCGAAGACAAAGCGCAGACAUCGUUCGCAUUCGAGAAGUCGAGGUAGAGAUCGAAAUUCAAAGAGUCAUAAGGGUUCUAGGAGCAGUCACUCGAGAGAUCGCGAUAAGAGACGUUACCAUACCAGUACAGGUAGAUCACACUCUUCAGAUCGUACAAGAAGAAAAGGUAGAUCCACUUCCAGAGAUAAAUCGCGAAGUCCUUCCAGCAGUUCGCAAUCAAAUCAACCAAAAUUUAAUGUUGAAAAGACUCAAGUUGUCGCAGCAAAAGAUGAUUUUCCAAUUGAACCUCGUUUCAAAAAUGGUGUACUCGAGGAAAUAAAUGCUGAAGGUUUCACUCCCAAACAGUUUACCUCAUCUGCUAAAGAGAAUAAAUUUAAGAAUAUUGUUAUAGAUAUUAGUUCUGAUACUAUACAGAUUCCACCAGUACCCAAUAUUCCUAGUGGCCAAGAAAGUAUAUUUCAUACAUCGAUUAUGAUGGAUCAUGAGGCAAGGUUCGAUAAAUGGGUGAAAAAACUCUACACUCUUAGACAAAAAGCUAUAGCAGACUUAGUACAUACAAAUAUUACUUAAACUAUAAUUAAAUAUUGAUAUCUUUUUAAUAAUUAUA